AUGGCCGAUCGCAGCAAGUUCCUCAAGAGCGGCUCGACGGUGGGCCUCACCUGUGUGCCGUUUAGCGGUGGGCAGCCCAAGGGCGGCGUCGACGACGGGCCCAUCGAGAUGAUUCGGUUCGGCAUCCUGGAUCAGAUCGAGGGCAUGGGGUACGCCAUUGAGCUGAGCCCGGGCAUGGAAAACCAGCGACCCGCCUCUGGGGCGCCUGAAAACCCAAUGUAUGUGUCGAUGGCGGCACAGCGCGUGGCUGAGCAGGUGCGCGAGCAUUGCGCGGCCGGGCGCAUGGCUGUGACGCUGGGCGGCGACCACUCGAUUGCCAUGGGCACGCUGGUGGGCUCCUCGGACGUAUACGGGGCCGAUCUGUGCGUGGUGUGGGUGGAUGCGCACGCCGACAUUAACACGCCCGAGACAACUGACUCGGGUAACCUGCACGGAUGCCCACUGGCGUACGUUCUGGGUAUCUGCGCUGAGACGCCACAGGGCGACGCCCCGUUUGGCUGGAUCAAGCCCGGGUGCGUGCGCAAGGACCGCCUGGUGUAUAUUGGCCUGCGCGACGUCGAUGCUGGCGAGAAGAUGCUUCUGCGGAAGCACAAUAUCAAGGCCUUCAGUAUGCACGAUGUCGACAAGCACGGCAUCGGCCGUGUUGUCGAGAUGGCGCUGGAUCACGUUAACCCCGAUAGAUUGCUGCCAGUGCACAUGAGCUUUGACGUUGACGCCCUGGACCCAUCCGUAGCCCCGGCGACCGGGACACCCGUGAGGGGCGGCCUGACCUUCCGCGAGGGCCAUUAUAUCUGCGAAGCUGUUGCUGAGACCGGGUGCCUGGUAGCCGUUGACCUGGUCGAGGUCAACCCAGCUCUGGGCGACCCUGAAUCCUUGCGCCAGACCGUUGCUGUUGGAUGCUCACUGGUGCGGUGCUCGCUCGGUGAGAGCCUGCUUUGA